UUUAAUUUAAGGAAAUUUUUUUAUUCAAACAAAUUAAUUACUUUAAAGAGUUUAGAUUUAAAUAAACUUAAUCUAAAACAUUUAGAGACACGCAUUUUCAAUAGUAAAAGAAAAAUCAAUUAUUGGAAAACCAUUCCUGUUUUAGAGGAGAAAAGUUAUAAAAAAAUGGCACAAGAUAAUCUAACUGCAGUAUUAUAUGGAAUCGAAGACUUAAGAUUGGAACAAACUUCUAUUCCAGAAAUUUCCGAUCAUGAUGUGCUUUUGGAAAUGGAUUGCGUUGGCAUCUGUGGAUCAGAUGUUCAUUACCUAGUUAAGGGCAGAAUUGGAGAUUUUAUUCUUACGAAACCAAUGAUUAUUGGUCAUGAGGCGUCUGGCAUUGUUGCCAAAGCUGGAGCUAAAGUUAAGCAUUUGAAAGUAGGAGAUCGAGUUGCAAUUGAGCCGGGUGUACCCUGCAGAAUGUGUGAACACUGCAAAAACGGAAAAUAUAAUUUAUGCCCUGAUAUGGUCUUUUGCGCAACACCUCCUUAUGAUGGAAAUUUAAGAAGAUACUAUAAACAUCCUGCCGAUUUUUGUUAUAAAUUGCCACCACAUGUUACGAUGGAAGAAGGGGCGUUAUUAGAACCUCUUUCCGUAGGUGUGCAUGCUUGCAGAAGAGCUGGUGUUGGUUUAGGCUCUGAAGUUCUUAUAUUAGGUGCAGGCCCGAUUGGUUUGGUAACUCUUAUUACUGCGAAAUCAAUGGGGGCGUCAAAGAUAAUCAUUACCGACAUUGAACAAAAUCGUUUAAAUGUUGCAAAAGAAUUUGGUGCAAAAACGUUGCUUAUUACUAAAGACAUGUCAGAAGCUGAAACUGUAACUAAAAUACACGAAAUAUUGGGAUCUCAGCCAGAUAAAACUGUUGAUUGUUGUGGCAUGGAAUCAACAUGUAGAAUUGCUAUUAAAGCUACAAAAUCUGGUGGCAAGGCAGUUAUCGUGGGUUGUGGUCCCCCGGAAGUCAAAGUUCCACUUAUUGAAGCACUAUCGAGAGAAGUGGACAUUCUUGGUGUAUUUCGUUAUUGCAACGAUUAUCCAGCUGCCUUAGCAUUAGUUGCAUCUGGGCAAAUUGACGUAAAAAAGUUAAUUACUCAUCAUUUUGAUAUAACUGAAACUGCAAAAGCUUUUGAUACUGCUCGAUAUGGAAGGGAUGGAGCUAUCAAAGUUAUGAUACAUGCACAACCGCGGGAUAAAAAUAAUCAAAAAUAAUUUUGGAAAUAAGACGUUUUAAAAGUUGAAAUACUUAUUGUUAUUACUUUUUUAUCAAAGCAAUUAAUUAUUUUAAUGCUUUAAUAAAAAUUUACACACAUGUUUGUA